AUGUAUAACGCACUCAAGACCCCCUCUUUCUUCCGUCCCAUCAGCCGACCAUCCUCCCCUGGUCCCACUCCCAUCCCAGACCCAAUGAUGAAUGCUGACAGAGCUGCGCGUCCUUUGUCCAAACUGUCUCUCUCCAACUUUAGGCGUCCGUCGCCGUCGCCAGUCGCCGGCCGUGCUCCCUCGACUGUGACCCAAGACGGUUCGUACAUGGAAGUCCUCAGUCUCAAGCUCAGUGAGGCGGUGUCCAAAGCUCUCACUCAGCCCCCCGGGCCCGCCGCCCCCAAUGAACUGCUGAACGGGAGAAGACCAAUCCCGGCGGGACGUGGCCGUGCAUUGGGCGCUCUGAUCGCUUCCGAAAUAAAGGCUUCUCGUGAGAACCCGCAUUUGUACCGGGCAUUGCUUCGCACGCUUCAUCGACCACUCUCCGUGCUGUUGUCCAACCUGUCCAGCGACCUGUUGCCUCUCCUGUCGUCCGAGACGUUCCAUGCCAACAUCUCGCCCACGCCACAGAACCCGCUGCCGAAUGCUACCCAACUCCAUGCGCUCGGACUUGCCUCGUUGGCAGGCGAGCUGCUCGAAACAUUUGACGGGCUUGGCCUCGGCCUCGAGACUGAUAUGAGGGGGGAUGGCCUGAAGAACAUCCGUGAAGGCCUCGUGUCGGUUGUGAAAAGAGUCGUUGACCCCAUCAUGAAUGCCAUGAAGAAAGAGUUGUUGCCAGUGUUGGAGGCACUCGAGACUGUCCCAAAUGCGCCUGGCGCACCUCGCGGGUCUGAUGCCAAUUUAUUCGAAGGCAUUAUCACGCUGUGCUACCUCAACGACAGCUGA